AUGGGAUCCGCACACUCUUAUAAACCAAGUAUACUUGAUGAACACGAUGUUGAAAGCGGAAGAAGUGUAGUAUUUAUAUCAUUGGAAAAAUAUCGCGGUGUUGUCGUAGAUAAAAAGAAUAAACUUGCCGUUGUCAAAAGUGGUACACUUCUUGGUUUAAAUCCCGAACUGGGUUUUCGUAUUGAAAACGAAACACUGAUAUAUAUUCUUGAUGCGCAUGGAUGUGCUUUGCCAGGUUUAACUAGUGUUAAACGGCAAACAAUUGGUGACUAUAUAGCAAUGGGAGCUGACGGAGGUUCAAUGAAGUAUAGUCUGUAUGAUGCCGUCGUUGCUAUAAGAUUGAUUGAUGGAAAGGGUAAUAUAGGAGAUUUUCGGAAACCAAGCGAUCAAUUUUAUGCUGCUGGUAUAUCUUUUGGACUGUUUGGUAUAAUAUCAACUGUUACCUUUAACUGCAGUACCCCAAGGUAUUAUGUCAAAGGAACACAAAUUAUAUCGCCCAUCGGAUAUCCUUCUUCAGAUAUAACAAAAGGAAGUUCUGUUGAUUUACCACCAAUUAAACCAUAUCGUUUAUUUAACGGUACACACACAGCAUCGGUUUCAACGGCAUUAGCUAGCGCUUACUUCGACUUCGACAAACAAGCAGCAAAUACACCCAAAUAUUACAAAUUUGCAGCUCAAGUUCUUAAUGUAAUUCAACCAAUUGGUGUUCAACAUUUUUUUGAUAUUUAUUAUCGUGCUUUACAGCAGGACGAACACCUCGAUUAUACGGUAAUUGCAGUAGCGUUAUCAGAAUUAUAUUUUCCUGUUGAAAACGCAACAACCAUAGCAAAUAUUCUUCGAAACUAUUAUAAUACACAUGGUGUUAAGGCAACAAGUAGUAAUCCUAUAGAAAUGUAUGCUCAUCGUAAACAUGAAUUUUGGCUUAGCCUACAUAUAAAACAGAUAGUAUUCGAUUCGGCUGGAUAUAUUUGGCUGGAAAUCAUAGUUUUUCAAAUUAAACUAUUCCAUAUUAGUAGCAGAGCUGGACAGCUCCGGCUAGGUGUACCUCCAUCUCUGCUAAGAAAUCUAACUCCAAGGCUUUUACUAGCUCAGUGUCCUCCAUUGAUCGGCACAAUCAUUGAAAAUGGAGUGUUACAUCUGGCAAGGUUCCUUUGCUCAGAUUUGAACGAUAUCACAUUAUCAUCAUCUUCAAAACGUUCCUCAUUAUCUCCAAUACCGGAUACAAACAGAAAAAAGUUAAAGACAUAUAUGUGUGAAAUAUGUGGUAUAGCUGAAAUUCGUGGCACAGCCUCGUAUGAAACACAUUUACAUGGAAAACAACAUAUUCGACGACAGCGGAACAAUCAUUUAUUACAUGAAGCAGACGAUCUGAAAUGCGAUAUAUGCAAGCAAUGUUUUAAUAGUCAUAAACAAAAAAAUGACCAUAUUAAUAGUAAACGACAUAAAAAACUUACGAGUGCAACGAACAUUGUAUCAAAACCAAGGGGGGAAAAGCGCAAUCCGCCACUCCAGCCACUCCGCGGAGUAAACCGCACUCCGGCACUCCGUACAAUGGUCCGGAGUGGCGAAGUGCGUUGUUUUCUUUUAAAAUAA